AUGAUGCUCGACCACCUCCGCGAACACUUCGGUAUUACAGACGAUCGUGUCUCGGUGCGGUGGACUAGACCGGAUGAUUUCAUCGUUCGGUUCACCAAUCAUGAAGACCUCGAGCUGGUGCUGCGCACCCCAUUGCCGGUGGGUGCUCCCUUCGCGCUUUGGUGGCGAAGGUGGAGCCGCCUAAUCAUGGGCUCAGCAGGCGCAUUCCGUUAUCGUGUCCUCGUCGGGAUGAAGGGCAUCCCCUCCCAUGCAAGGUCUACGGCGACGGCGCAGGACAUCUUGGGUUCCUCCAGUGCCAAGGUGGAUAUUGCCAACUUCGACGCUUUGGCCGAUCCGGACGACGAGCGCGAACUUUUCGUGGCAGCCUGGUGUGCUCAUCCCGAUCUUGUGCCGGAUGAGAUGAUUAUGGCGGUGCCGGAGCUGGAGGAGGAGCACGAUGGCGGCUCACUGUUGUACCUCAGGCCCCACGAAAUCAUCCACGACGAGGUCCCAGCUCUCAGAUACCUUGUUCGCCUGCGGAUCAUCGAGUUUCAGGAUUGGCAUACCCCGCCAACGUCGUGGGAUGAGUGGAUGGGUGCCGAUGGCAGUGAUGACAGUGGUGAUAGUAAUUUCAACGGCUACCAUCCAGGCUUCGCCACCAGGGGCGGCGGCGGCGCAAGGCCGUGGACAACUAGGUUCGGCGGCGCCGAUGAGCCACGGCUUGGGCCUGGGUCGGGGCCGGCCUUUCAGGCACGUCAGUCGAGGUAG